AUGUGUUCACUUUAAUGUUCCAUCGAUUACGGAAAAACCAUCCAGUUCCGUAUUUCUUUGUGUCAAACUACAGUUCCUGCUUUUGCUGGUAGAAGUGUUUCGCAUCGUUGUGAAUGAAACUGUUAUAUAAUUGUAUUUCAAAAUGAAUACAGUGUUGUCGAGGGCAAAUUCCCUCUUCGCCUUCUCGCUCAGCGUGAUGGCAGCUUUGACGUUUGGCUGUUUCAUCACGACAGCGUUCAAAGACAGGAGGGUGCCGGUGGAUAUCCACGUCUCGAGAGUAAUGCUGAAAAACGUGGAUGACUUCACAGGACCCAGGGAGAGAAGUGACCUGGGGUUCAUCACCUUUGACCUCUCUGCUGACAUAAAGCCCAUAUUUGACUGGAACGUCAAGCAGCUCUUCCUCUACUUGUCUGCCGAGUACGCCACCAAGAGCAACGCCCUGAACCAGGUGGUUCUGUGGGAUAAGAUCGUGCUAAGGGGAGAGAGCACCAAGCUCAACCUCAGAGACAUGAAGUCCAAGUACUUCUUCUUCGAUGAUGGAAACGGUCUUCGGGCGAACAAAAACAUCACCCUGACUCUGUCCUGGAACGUGGUGCCCAACGCUGGGAUCCUGCCCCUGGUCAUGGGCUCUGGCCACAUAUCUGUCCCCUUCCCCGAAUCAUACGAGACCACCAAGAGCUACUAAACUGUUCCACCGUUUGUAUUUGUUGUGUAAUCUUUUAUGACUUUUAAUAAAAAGUGUACAUUUGGGAAAGGUUCGAUUGUAUGCCUUUGCAUUGAUGCUGCCACAGAAAAAAGACUGUCUAAAUGUUGCUAGCAGUGAAAUCCUUGCGUCUUUUUUUCCUAAUUUCCUCUCAAAGCUCAUUAGAGGAGAGACCUUGGAUCCUCUACUUCAAUGCACUGUGAGAGAGGUGAGGAAAUCACGAGGAGGAAGCAAGGAUUUGACUGCUAGUAAUCCUUGGUUUAAAUGGUCAUUGCUGAGAUGGACUUAGUAACUAGAAAGUCAGGACUCAUCAUGCUUCAUGUAACUCUACAGUAGUACUCAGUACCUGUGUAAUGAAUGGCAAUGUGAAAUUGUUGAAUAAUUACAUUUUUUUUUUUUCACUGCUUUCUUUUUUAUAAAAAAACAUCUGAAAGAUAA